UGAAAUGUGACAACCAGACCGAAAGUGCAGCAGUCUCAAAAAGGAGUUCCGCGUUUUAAAGCAGCUUUAGCAGCUGGGUGAAGCUCCGACUUUAACCGCUGAAAUCAGUUAAAAAUACGGUAAUAAAACCGGUGACAGCGUAAAUAUUUAUCUCUGGGCGGCGGAACGUUGACGGAACCUUUGACCGGAGGCCGAGCAGCGGAGUCGCGAUGAGCAGCAGCACCUCAGCGUCGGUUCAGAUGGACGAGGUCCGGAGAAGAGCCCAGUCGCUGCUCUCCUCCUCGGGUUUGGCACAGGAUGUGAGGGCUGAAGUCCAGACGAUGGCGACCAUCCCACUGCCUCUGUCGGAGAAAUACCGUCACCUCAUGGCGGAGGCCAUGCUAAGAGAGAACACGGCUGAUCGCAACAAACACGAGGUCCUGGAGUCCUUGAGCCGACUGGUCAAGGCCUUGAGCAUCCUGGAGAAAUACGGCUGUAACCUGACCAGCCCGACCAGACCCAGAUACUGGAGGAGCGUCAAACACAACAACCCGGUCUUCAGAACCACCGUGGACGCCGUCAAGGGAGGCCGUAGAGUCCUGUAUCUCUACGGUUACACCAACCAGCAGGUGGACGGCCUCAGUUUCCCAGAUGACGUCACCGAACCAGACGCCGAGAAGGUCUCCGCGGUGACGCUGGAGGUCAUGACGCUGCGCUCCGAGGUGGACAUGCUAGUGAAGGGAACCCAUCCUCACAUAGAACACUUCAAAGAUAUCAUCCCAUUUGUCAUCCAGCAGAAUAAGCCGGUCGGCGACUCGUUGGUUGUUUUACCCAAAGAGGAGCAGCAGGUCGACAAACCUCUGAUCGUAUCUCCUCCUCCUAAACCACUUCAGAGUCCAGCAAUCGCACAAAUCCAGAAACCAGCAGCAGCCUCUCCUGCAGCCGCUCAGUGUAACUUGUGCGGCGGCGCUUCGUCUCUGCUCUGCCCGUCCUGCGACAAUCAGCCUUUCUGCGACGCCUGCGACGACCUCUAUCACCGCCACCCGUCCAGAGCCACCCACAAGAGAGACAAGAUCCAGAAAACCAAGCAGGAGACGUGCAGCAUCUGUGGCAUCGCCGUCGUCUACGCUCAGUGCUCCACCUGCAUCCAGAGGUUGUGUCUGAAUUGCGACCGGCUGUUUCACUCCCAUCCGGACCGCAAAGGACACAACAGAACCACGGUCACACCUGCAAAGACGGCCAGUCCGUCUCUGUCGCGGUGGGAAUGUGCCCACUGCACCACGGUGAACGAGAUGAGAGCCGUUCUCUGUACGACCUGCGAACGUCCUCGACUCGCCACGGCUGCAGCCCCCGCUCAGGAGAGCCCAAUGUCGGUUCCUUCUUCACCGAACACGGAGUGGCGGUGUAAAAGCUGCACGGUGGUGAAUCAAGGCAGCAGCAUCCUCUGUGAGGUGUGUGAGCGCCCCCGUCUGGCCACUCGGCCGCCCGUCGCCCCGGUGCUGUCCGACUCUGGAUCUAAGUGGACCUGCCAGUUCUGCACCUACGUUAACUCCAAGCCCUCGGAGGUUUGCGAGAUGUGCAACUUGCCCUGCAAAGACUCGGCCGGAGUUUCCCUGCCUCAGCCCGAGCCGCCGUCCAUCAUGAAGAGUCCGCCUCAGCCGGUUCUGAAGCCGAAGCCCAGAGUCAACAUGGAUGUGAAGAGACAGAACGUGAUGAGGGAGGACGGACUCACGCUCGUCCACCAGAUAAGAGAAGCGGAGAAGCGAGACGUCAGCCCAGAGGAAGUGUACGCCGCUCUGUGCGUGUGCGGCGGCAGCAACGUAAACCCCUGUGAUUGGCUGACGUUGGAGCUUCCUCAUCUGCUGGAGGAAAUCUGCGCCAUGGCCGAAUCCGUCCAGCUGAACUACAGAACGGGGAACGCCGGGAUGCAACCGGAGGUGGAGCAGGACGGAGGGGAGGCGGAGCAGAGAGGUCCGAUCGCCGCCGGCGACGGCAUGAAGCUCUCCAGAGCCGAGGCUAAGCUGGCCUGGUUGGCCGCUGGAGGCGACACCGACAGAGCAGUGAGACAGCUGCUGAGAGAUCGACAGGUCAAGAUGAGGGAGCUCCACUCUCUGGGCUUCAGAGACGUCUCCCAGUGUGAGGAGGCGCUGAGGCAGAGUGGAGGUGAGGUGAAGGGGGCUCUGUCUCUGCUGCAGCGCCCCGUCCUGGAGCCUUUCCACCAGCGCAUCUGGGUCGACCAGCCGGAGCCGCCCAUCGAUCCCAAACACCCGGACAAACAGAGGAUGUGCAGGCGUCUGCUGGCGUUGUACGACCUGCCCAGCUGGGGGCGCUGCGAGCUCGUCCUGUCGCUGCUGCAGGAGCCGGACGUCACCUACUCCCUGGAGGACGUGGUUCAGGCCGUCAAGGAGUCGCACGACAAGGACUUCAUCCGGCGUCUGCUCAACAACGAGUGCCCCUGUUGUCUCAGCAUCUUCCCUCGUGGAAAGAUGCAGUCUCUGACGUCCUGCCAGUGCUCCGUUUGCCACGACUGUUUCGGGCAGCACUUCACCAUCGCCGUCAGAGACAAGCACAUCCGAGACAUGGUGUGUCCCGUCUGCAGCGAACCGGACAUCAACGACCCCGAGCAGCUGGACAGCUACUUCUCCACGCUGGAUAUACAGCUGAGGGACUGUCUGGAGGGCGACGUCUACGCCUUGUUCCACCAGAAGCUGACCGAACACACUCUGAUGAAUGACCCCAAGUUCCUCUGGUGUUGCCACUGCACCUCCGGUUUUAUCAAUGACGGAGACCAGCUGAAGGUCACCUGCCCGUCCUGCCGCAAGAGUUUCUGCGCUCAGUGCAAGAAACCCUGGGAGCCUCAGCACCAGGACGUGACCUGUGAACAGUUCCAGCAGUGGAAGAGGGAGAACGACCCGGAGUACCAGAGGCAGGGUCUGGCCGGAUACCUGAGAGACAACGGCAUCACUUGUCCUCACUGCAGGUUCCAGUACGCUCUGACCAAAGGCGGCUGUAUGCACUUCAGCUGCUCCCAGUGCAGAUACCAGUUCUGCAGCGGCUGCAACAACCCCUACCACAAGACGGUGUGUAAGACGCCUCAGUGCAACUACAACGGCCUUCAUGCUCACCACCCUCGAGACUGUCUCUUCUACCUGCGGGACUGGGAGCCCAACAGGCUGCAGGCGCUGCUGCAGAGGUGCGGUGUGGACUUCAACACAGAUCCCUCCAACGGAACUCAGACAAAUACUUGUGGUGUGAUCGAGCAGAAAGACGAAGGCGGCCGACCGGAGGAUUCAGAGUGCGGCAUCCAGACUCAGCCGGGACAAGCUGGACUCUGCGAGAAACACUACAGAGAAUACCUGGUGAGUCUGAUCAAUGCUCACUCUCUGGAUCCAGCGCUGCUCUACGAGCCCAACGAGCUGAUUCGGGCCUGUGAGAGAUACCUGGUGGACAAACAGAGAGCCGACAAUGAGGAGGACGUCGUCUACCACGCCAGACUGCUCAAGAAACUGAUGGAGGUUCCUCUUGGAGAAAAAGUUCCUCGAAACAAAAAGACUCCUGAACAUUAGAAAUCAGCCUAAAUCUGUUCUUUGAGCACUUUGACGAUGACAUCAGCUGCUGUGACCCUGGAGAAGCUGUUUAAAUCCCCUGCAGAGGAAUCCUGGAUCCCUGAUUUAAUGUCAAACAAUGAGAAAAAAACAUGCAUUUGUGUGGUGCUGAGAAACAUGAAUUAUUUUCCACUGAUGAAACUAUUGGAGCGGGUCUUUCGGAUUUUCUACAGUUUGUAAUGCCUUAAAGAGACUAAUUUGUGUGGUGGGUUAGAAUCUUGUGCGAGUCUGACAUUUUAAUGAUUUAUUUGUUGCACUUGAAUGAAAAAAAAAUAUGUUUAGAAGUAUUUCAGAGAAAUGUAGCCUUACUGAGCAACGACAUGUCAAUAAGCAAAUUAAAAGUUCUUUUUUAUUAUCAGGAA